AUGUCGUGGCAUUCGGGUAAUUCCGCAUCUCGCAAAGGCAGAGUGGCGCAAUCUUCCACACGGGCCACUCGUUUACUCAAGGACCUCCUCCAGCCUCGGGGUGCAAGAGCUCUGAGCGAGGCCGAAAUGUACUCCCGACUAUAUUAUAAAACCAAUAUCCGUCCAACUGUCGAAGCUGCAGUUAGCAAACGUGGCUCCACAACAAGAGGUGAAAGACUAACGAUUGUACGAGAGGUCACACGUCAAUGUUGGGAGCAAGAAGCCGAUGAGACUAUUAUUGCGGACGUCAAGGCCAGGAUGAAAGCAAAGAAGAAAUCGAGGAAGGCGAAUACUGAUGCAGAUGAUGAAGACGCCGAGGCUCUGGAGGACGAAGAUGAAGAGGAGCAAUCACCAACCACCGAGGAUAUGCUUGAAGCACAGGAAAACUUACCUGCUAUCUUCAACACAAUCCUCACGUACCUCGAGCACCAAACUGGGUUUUCGUUCUUGGUGUUAAUGGGUGGGCCAGAUCCCUCGAACAACAACAAAAUCUCUGUCGCAUUGGUUGACGUCGGUACCACCAAGCUGGGACAUUCAGCCCCGCAAUUAUUGCCUGACUUCAAGGAACACUUUCUUGGAACGUAUCUGAAAUUCCUUCAAGGUGUACAAGGCUAUUCCUCCCCCGAACCUGAGAUGAAAGGCGAUGCCAAAAGAGCGGUAGCUGCAGACAACGGAGAGGCCGGGGAUGGAGACCAGACGGACCUUGAAGAUCAAGACGAAGUAGAUGCUGACCCUUUCACAGAUGAGCCGGAGGAGGAAAUAGAGGUGUCGCAGAGUGAGGGGAAUGUUUUGGACGGGAGGGAGGAACGUCAAGAGCAGAUUCUCGAUAUUUAUUCGCCUAACUAUGCUAUGCCCAUGCAUGACAAUCCGACUCAGAAGCCUGACACCAUGCAUGACUCAUUGCAGCCCAUCAACAUGCAUGGCCUCCAGCAACCCAUCAACAUGCAUGGCCUCCAGCAGCCUGAGGGUCAGGCAAAUCUCGCCAUGCAUGAUGCCAACUCAUCAUACUUCGCCAACUCUACCAACUUCAGCAAUGAUGGUCACUCUGCGGAUCUCGGUCAACUGCUCAGCAAUCCUCAAUUGUGGACUUUCGCCCCUCCACCAAUCUAUGAUCCGCUGUAG